CGUCAUUCCUUCUCGCCGUGUUCUUCACAACCGCAACAGCCCAAACCUUUCUCACCUCCUUCCUGCACGGUUCAGGCAUCUUAGCCUCCCUCGUACUUUCAGACUCCUCCGAAUCCUGCCCGGGAAUUCUAGUUCAGCUGACCGUGGGGGGUAAUGUUGAAAGUCCUCCUCUCUCUCUCAUGGUAGAGCGGCCCAGGAGCCCAGCAGCAGUGCCUGGAGGGGUGCAAGUGAAGAGCACAAAAAAGGCGGAACAACUUUUUCGUUUUGGCCCUGACUGGGAGAGCACUGCACCGACAGUAUACUCGGUGAACAGCUGCCAGCCUGGCGGCACCCUGCACCUGCCUUCUCUCGCCCGCCAGAAGGCCUACCUGUGGCCGGCAGAGAUGGAGUGGUGGAUCGUGGCUGAAGGGAAGAUGGCGGCGGCUCACAGGGACCCUGUGUGGGACGCCUCCCUUCCACCCCGAUUCCCUGCGCCGAAAUACGGCGCUGAGUUUGCAAGCGAUGGAGCGGUGUAUGGCGGGGCGUAUGUCAGCGAGCUACGGUGA